AGAGAGAGAGGCUUGAUGGAGAGGGAGACAGUGCAGCCAAGACACUUUGGGAACGAGGACACUUCUAAACCGGACCCUCCGUCUUCAACUUUGCGCAGCGCUUCACCGUAACUUUGCGCGCUUGUCUUUUUUUCCUUCCAACGCCGCAUGGCUUCAGUGUAAUCAACGCGUCUUCUGCCUGGAACUUUGAACCGUUCAACAUGAACCGAGAGAAGGGGAGAGAAGAGAGAGUGUUUCUGGCUCUCCUCAUCAUUUUACACACCGCCACAACGCAUGCUGGUAAAGUAGCAGAGCAGAUGGGCAACCUGAUUGAUGUCCUGCGUGUGCUGGAGCUGUCUGAUCAAAUGGAAGGCGUGUCCAUGGAGGCAGGGCUAUGUACACAUAGAGUUGACACAGAGGAAGUGGACAUAGCAUUCAGGAUAGAUAAAAAGAUCCAACUCAGUGCCCCGACACAACAGCUCUUCCCAGACUCGGCUUUUCCUGAAAACUUCUCUCUGAUGACGACGGUGCGGGCAAAGAAGAACGCCCAGGUCUUCUUGAUGUCUAUGUAUGAUGAACAGGGCGUACAGCAGCUUGGACUGGAGCUGGGAAGAUCACCCGUCUUUCUCUACGAGGACCACAGGGGACAGCCGACCCCUGAAUUCUACCCCACUUUCAAGAAGAUCAACCUGGCUGAUGGAAAGUGGCACCGGAUUGCUUACAGCAUAGACGGAAAGUCAGUCACACUGUAUCUGGACUGUAAGAAGAUAGAGACCCUAGAGCUGCAUCGUGGAGAUGACUCUGUGGUCCGCACUGACGGCGUUACCGUGUUCGGGACCAGGCUACUGGACGAGGAAGUGUUUGAGGGAGAUAUCCAGCAACUGCUGAUUGUGGACGACCCCCAAGCUGCAGAAGAGUACUGUCAUCACUACAUCCCAGAUUGCGACUCUCCUCUGCCUUAUCGUACUCAGAACUAUGAACCCGGAGAGAUCAUUCCCAGCAAGCUUGUUGACGUCAUGCAAGGUGACGAACCGGAGGCACCAAAGAAGAAAAAAGGCAGGAAGGGCAAAAAGAACAAAAAGGAUAAGAAGGAUCGUUCAAAGAAAGGGAGAAAGAAAGAGUCACGGAAGAAAAGGAAAGAGGCGGAAGCUCUGGGGGAAGGAUUUCUUGAGGUGUCCACUCAUCAGCUUGAAUAUCUCAAACAAGCUAUAACACCAGCUGUGACAGAACCCACAAUGCCUUCGACACCUCCAAACACGACCACCGAGCAGAUAGACUUUAUCCCCGAGAUGCCCACACACGAGCCGGACUCACUACCUUCUACGUCACCUGAAAACCUCAGCGUAUCCCUCACUGCAUUGCCCCAGUCUGCUCAGGCUGAGGUGGAGGAGGAAAAGCCAGUAAAAACACCAGAAGUCGAGGAACAUAUCGAGGACUUUUACAACAGCCCAUAUGAUAAUGACCUCUCCGUCUCCACGGUAACAGUGGGCACCAACAUCAGCGAUUAUGAGAUCUUUGAGUAUGAAGACUUUAGGAACAGCAGCGAGAGCUCAGAGCAGUAUGAAGAGUAUGAGACCUACGAGGAUCGCUACGGACCGGCGGAAAGAGAGAGAGUGGGGACCUGGGAUGGACAGGCAAGACAAGGAUAUUUGAAAGGCCAGAAAGGAGAACCCGCUGUUCUCGAACCGGGCAUCAUAAUUGACGGACCGCUCGGACCACCGGGACCUGCUGGUCUUCCAGGACUUCCAGGAGUAACAGGCCCCCCAGGACCUCCCGGAGACCCGGGUGAAAUGGGCCCUGAGGGCCGUCCAGGCCUUGCAGGGGCAGAUGGGAUACCAGGACCUCCAGGGACUAUGUUCAUGUUGCCGUUUCAUUUCGCUGAUGAUUCUCGGAAAGGCCCCGUGUUGUCGGCUCAGGAGGCGCAGGCUCAUGCCAUCCUCCAGCAGACCAGAAUUUCACUGAAGGGACCUCCAGGCCCAGAGGGACUCACAGGCAGAGCAGGACCAAUGGGUCUCCCAGGUUCCAGUGGACUUAAAGGAGACAGCGGGGACGCCGGGCCCACAGGGCCACGUGGGUUGCCAGGUCCUCCAGGUAUGGGCGGGAAGCCGGGCAAGCGGGGUCGCUCGGGGGCAGACGGAGGUCGAGGAGCUCCAGGAGAGACCGGAGCGAAGGGUGACAGGGGCUUUGAUGGACUACCAGGGCUUCCAGGGGACAAAGGACACAGAGGGGAUCGAGGAAAGCCAGGACAGCCUGGUCCACCUGGUGAAUCUGGUGAGAAGGGUGCAGAUGGACCUGUAGGACCAAGAGGACAACCAGGUGAACCUGGUACGAGAGGACUUGUAGGACCCAGAGGACCACCUGGACCAACUGGACAGCCUGGGAUACGUGGCGUGGAUGGUGUUCAGGGCUCUAAAGGCAAUCCGGGUCCGUCAGGAGAACCAGGUCCUCCGGGACAACAGGGGAACCCAGGAGUGCAGGGAUUUCCAGGUCCUCAGGGUCCUAUCGGCAUGCCUGGAGAAAAGGGACCUCAGGGAAAGACAGGAUUGCAAGGGCUUCCUGGGAUCGACGGUCCAACGGGACAUCCAGGCAGAGAGGGACCAGCUGGAGAGAAGGGGCUACAGGGAUUAGUCGGAGCUCAGGGGCCUAUCGGAUACCCGGGGCCUCGAGGAGUCAAGGGUGCUGACGGCGUACGAGGUCUGAAAGGAAGCAAAGGAGAGAAGGGAGAAGAUGGCUUCCCCGGGACCAAAGGUGACAUGGGAGCUGAAGGAGAUCGAGGUGACAAUGGGCCUGCUGGGCCCCGUGGUGAGGACGGACCUGAGGGGCUUAAAGGCCAGUUGGGGCCUAUUGGAGAACCUGGGCCUCUAGGAAUUGCUGGAGAAAAGGGAAAACUCGGUGUCCCGGGGUUACCCGGCUAUCCAGGAAGGCAAGGCCUUAAGGGAUCUGUCGGCUUUCCAGGAGUGCCAGGCAUGCCAGGAGAGAAGGGGAAGAGGGGAUCUGCAGGUACAGCAGGUGAAACAGGUGAAAGAGGUCCAAAUGGGGCACGUGGAGGCCGAGGGGCAAGGGGAGCUACAGGAGCACCGGGAGCCAAGGGCUCUUCUGGCCACGACGGCCCAUCAGGUCCCACCGGAGACAAGGGUCCUCAAGGACCCCAGGGACAAAACGGAUAUCCAGGACCCAAGGGACCGAAUGGCCCGAUAGGAAAAGACGGGUUGCCAGGUCAUCCAGGCCAAAGGGGGGAGCCGGGAUUCCAAGGGAAAACAGGACCACCAGGACCUGUCGGAGUGGUCGGACCACAGGGCAAAACUGGAGAGACUGGACCAAAUGGGGACAGAGGUCACCCUGGAGCUCCGGGACCUCCUGGAGAGCAAGGUCUACCUGGAACAGCAGGCAAAGAAGGUUCCAAGGGUGAUCCAGGCCCCAUGGGGAUUGCUGGAAAGAGUGGUCCUGCUGGGCGCCGUGGGUUUAGAGGCAGUCGAGGCAUGCCAGGCUCCACGGGUGCUGCAGGUUUAAAAGGUGAACAAGGACCUCCUGGUGCUGCAGGAGCAAUUGGUGCUACUGGUGAGAGAGGGCCCUCGGGGCCAGCCGGUGGGAUUGGUCUUCCUGGCCGUGCUGGAGGAAUCGGGUCCGCUGGACCAAUGGGCGAGAAGGGAGAACCUGGAGAGAAAGGACCUACAGGUCCUGCUGGGCACGAUGGAGAAACAGGACCACUCGGCCAACCAGGACCUGCUGGACCACCUGGUCCACCUGGGGAGGAUGGUGACAAGGGAGAAACUGGAGGUCCCGGCCAGAAAGGGAGCAAAGGGGACAAAGGAGAGCCGGGACCCCCAGGACCAACAGGAAGUGUAGGACCUAUUGGACCACAUGGGCUACAGGGUUUGGAUGGGGAGCCAGGGCCCCGAGGCCAACAGGGUAUGAAUGGACAGAAAGGUGAUGAAGGACCCCGAGGACUUGUAGGUGCCACCGGGCCACCAGGCCUGCAGGGAAUGCCUGGACCCCCAGGAGAGAAGGGAGAGAGCGGUCAUGUUGGACCACUGGGCCCCCCAGGACAACACGGUCCCAGAGGUCCUGUGGGAUCCACUGGCAGAGAGGGUCCUCAGGGGAUACCCGGUGGAGUUGGCCAGCCUGGUUUAGUAGGAGAAAAGGGUGAAUUCGGAGAGGCGGGGAAUCCAGGAAACGUGGGUGAAACGGGCCCUCCUGGUGAGAAAGGAGACGUGGGUGAGAAAGGGGACACGGGUCCCCCCGGUGCCGCUGGACCCCCAGGAAUCCGAGGUCCACCAGGAGAGGACGGACCCAAAGGAAACCCGGGCCCCAUCGGAUUUCCUGGAGACUCAGGACCCUCUGGUGAGGCAGGUCCAAAUGGUAUUGAUGGUGGACCAGGACCAAAGGGAGAUAAUGGAGAGCCUGGGAAAGCUGGACCACCAGGGGCUUCUGGAGAACCGGGACCUCCUGGAGCACCAGGGCGGAGGGGUCACGUUGGUGCUGCAGGGAGUGAAGGGAAACAGGGGAAGAAGGGAGCAAAGGGCUCACCAGGCUCCGAGGGUCCACCUGGAAAGACAGGACCCCUAGGACCCCAAGGACAGCCUGGAAGACCUGGUCCAGAGGGACCACGUGGGAUCCCAGGCCCUGCAGGAGAACAGGGUUUAAACGGUCCCCCUGGACAGACUGGACCUCCCGGCCCAAUGGGACCUGCCGGACUGCCAGGACUGAAAGGAGAUCCAGGCAGCAAGGGAGAAAAGGGUCAUGGAGGUUUGAUCGGACUCAUCGGGCCUCCAGGAGACAUGGGGGAAAAGGGUGACCGAGGUUUGCCUGGAAAUGAGGGAAUAUCUGGUCCUAAAGGAGAUUCGGGAUUUGUUGGACUUCCAGGUCCUACUGGGCCUCCAGGACCUCCUGGACUUUCUGGAGCCAUGGGUGAGAAGGGAUCCAAAGGAGAUGAGGGAGCCGUCGGUCCGAGAGGAGACCCAGGACCUGUAGGCCCACCAGGACUACCUGGUCCAGCAGCCACCAUGAUCGAGCCACUGCCCAUUCGAGAGGGUCGCAAGAAGCGCAGGAGAAACUCCAACCGCAACAGAGAAGGAACAAGCGAAGAAGCUGCGGCCGCUGAAGACGAGCAGGAGGCUGAGAUUCAGCUGAACAUGGAAGACUUCCUGCAGGCCGAUGCACCUCUGGAAGAAGCUGAGGGCAUGGAGGAGGUAUUCGCUUCACUUAACUCCAUGAAGAUGGAAGUGGAGCUGAUGAGGAAGCCUUUGGGAACAUUCGAGAGUCCGGCACGCACCUGCAAAGAGCUGAUGUUGUGCCACCCGCAUUAUAAAGAUGGUGAAUAUUGGAUUGACCCAAAUCAGGGCUGCAAUAAAGAUUCCAUCAAGGUGUUCUGCAACUUCACGGCUGACGGGGAAACCUGUCUGCACCCGGAUAAACGAAUCGAAACGGUGAAGCUCGCAGCCUGGAGCAAGGAGAAGCCAGGGAGCUGGUACAGCCGCUACAGGAGGGGUAAACAGUUCUCCUAUAUAGACGCUGACGGCAUCACGGUCCCUGUGGUCCAGCUGACCUUCCUGAAGCUUCUGAGUGCCACAGCCAGACAGAGCUUCACCUACAUCUGCCAGAACUCGGCUGGCUGGUACGACGCCACCAGCCACGGGCACCAACACGCCCUGCGCUUCCGUGCCAGCAACGACGAGGAGAUGACGCACGACAAGAUGCCCUUUAUAACAUCUCUGUACGACGGCUGCCAGACACGUAAAGGCCAGGACAGGACGGUGUUGGAGAUCAACUCUCCGAGAUCGGAGCUGCUCCCGUUAGUCGACGUUUCUGCAUCAGACUUUGGGAAUAACAACCAGAAGUUCGGCUUCCAGAUCGGACCUGUGUGUUUUAACGGUUAACUAAGUGAGACACAGAACUCAAGACUUCAUCUGUACCACACGCAAUAUUUAUUUUUUUAUGUAGUUUGCAUGCAGCGGUACUGUGACAUGCAAUUUUUUUGUUUGUUUGUUUGUUUGUUUUUUUUUGGUGAACUUUGUUUUAACAAAACUGCAGAGGUGCGAGGAUCGACGUCGAGGAAGCAAACAAAGCAGAAGUUUCCAUGUGUGUGGACUUUUUUUUUUAAUCCUUUGUCUUUGUUUGCUUGCGAUGUGUGAAUGAAUUAACUGCCAGUUGAACCUGACACUGAUUAGGAAACCCCAAUAACACCCCCAACCACUAUUGCCCCCGAUGGUGCACGUUACAGGCCACUCCAGGCUACAGCGCACACUGUACUCUAGAAGCAGACUUUCUUGUCGUUGGCAUAGAAAGCUUGCUUAUUUGUUGUUAUGUGUAAUAUAAUUCUAAAUUAAUUUGCCACUUGAGGGAUUGGCUACAGCGUUAAGGAGUACAUAUUUAAACAUUUUAUUUUCCCUCGCACAAAAGCAGCACCGGCGCCGACGGAAGCGUUUAUACCUCAGAAUAGUUUUGACAAGGAAACGCCGCCCGGAUCCAGUUAAUUGUUCUCUUAGAUGCUUCCUGUCACACAUCAGCUAUGCGGCGCUGCUCAUCUUUAAUCAGUGUGUCAUAAUAAAUAAACAACACCGUACGCCGCUCGCGCUUCCAGCAGGGUGGGUUGUGCGUAUCUACCCUGCGACUGUUCUUAUUAGUGACAAACAGCCUCCUCAAGUAGGUCACUAGGGUUGUUUUAUCAGGUUACGGAGGGGUUACAGCACGGACUUGCUGUUCUCUGAAAGAUUGUCACUGUUGAGUAGCAGUUGAGGCUUAAGGGCCUUACUCAAGAGCCUGAGAUUUAAACUCAUAUCGUUUAAAUUAGUAGUCCAACACCUUAUGCAGUGGCGUACCAAUUUCGGGUUUAAAUUAUUACAAAACUUUCCACAGUCCAACUUCUGGCGAGUAAUAAUAUCACACUCUUAGAAAAAAGGUUAAAGCUAGGAUACUAAAGCGUUCUUGUAUUUUUCCCACUUGAAUGAUUUUCUAUAGAUGCUUACAACAGUGAGUUCCUCCAUAAAGCCAGGCUAUAAAACAACAGGGAUUAUCCCUGAGAGGAUAUCCCUUAUAUGUCUGUACACUUCAGACUCCUUCCCUCCAAUCUUUCCAGCAACCAUUUUCCGGGUCCAUAAAUAAUUACAAUUCUCUCUAGAGAGACGUUACCGAACCAUCCGGGUCAUGGCACCGAGUGGGUAGUACUUCAAGAUCCAGGGAGCCAGGAGACUGGUGUACAGACCUUCAGAUGUUUUCCCUAUAUAUAUAUAUAUAUAGUAAAAAGUUGGAAGGAAGGUAACGGUUACAUUGUACCAAAAGACAAAUACAGAGUAUGUAGAAAAGACUGAGACAUAUCUGGACAUGUGUAAUAUAAAUGAUAAUUAAUUCUUAAUGAAUCCAUGUAGAUAUGUGCAGAACCUCAGUUCCUCCAGCAUUUUGUGGACAUUUUUUCUCUGCUUUUUAUGCAGAAAACUACUUGAAUUGGUGAAACUGCAAGUUUUAUACUGCUAGCAGUGAAGACAUAUCGCAUGUAAUGACUUUCUCCAAAACUCUGUACUCACGCAUGCACACACGUGAACGUCAGGCGGAUUUGUCUGAACGCGUGUUGCGAUGACGCACCAUGACGCGUCUCGGCCCGAAUCUCACAAAAUUCUGAAAAAUUGCAAUCUCCCUGAGAAUAUUGUGAGGAUUUGUAGCUUGGUUUUGUGUUUGUAUUUUUAUUGCCAUCGCAGAACCGUGAAAUCCCGGAGGGACUCGAUCCUGAGCCAACUUUAACAUAAAGUGGAAGAGGAAUACAAAUGAACGUAAAUAUAACAAAUUAUCAUUUUGCAGAACUAAUAAUUAAAAUGCAAUAAUGGUUAAAGCUCAUUUCUCUUGCAAAGGUUCAGGGGAGAACUUUAGGAGAGUAAGAACCAUUAAUUAGCAAAAAAACAAACAAAAAAAACCUGCUACGGCUAGUAAUAAAACUAGCAACCAGAAAUACAACUAUCCUUUACUGUUAUGAUGUAGAAGUAUAGUAGAAUGGAAUUAUCAUUAUUACAACAAAUUUAUCGACCAAAACUUCAUAGAAUGAUCAAGACAGUUUCCUGUUACAACCUGUUCAUCAUUUUUAUUCCUCUUAUACCUCAGCAGUCUGAAAACUACAGUCAUUUAUUUACUGUUGAAGCGGCUAGAAACAUGUGUUGACUCACCAGCUGCUGGUUUUUGUCUCCUAAAGACAACAUCCUGUGUCCUGAAGCUUGCUGGAAAACUGACCGUUACCGAGCACUAACACUGGAGACUCCUUCCCUAAAUGUAAAAAACACGUCUCUUUACCAAAAACAUCAGCAUUUCGAUGUUUACAGGUUUUAUUUUUGCCAAAUAGCAUUUUUUUUAAUUAGCCUUAGAGCGUCUACUGUACAGUAAAAGUUCCUGAGGACAAACUGUUGCUAUAGAAAUAAUAAAACGUAUUAAAAUCAGCUUAUUAAUAAAUAUGAGGCGAUUUGCCUUGAAGCCGGAUCUCGUUUCCGAGCUGAGAGAAUGGUUAAAGUAUGGAUGUUAUUGUAAAAUUAAAAAAAAAAAAAUUAGCAUGCUAAAUGAAACUAGGACGUUCCUGUUUUGUUUUUUUUACAGGAUUAUUUUUCAUCUAUAUCGCUCUUUCUAUAUCGCUCUUUCCUUCAGAACUCGCUUUGUUCAAGUACUAUCAAAGAUCGAAUCAGGACAUUUCUUUACUACGGCCGUGCUUCUUUUUUUCCUCUCAUCCUUCACCAAAUGAUUGUGUAAAACUGUUCUUUAUUGUGGUGCUACAGUUUGUUGUUGUAUUAUGGUUUUGUAUUAUUUUGCUGUGCGAGGGCAGGAUGGAGGCUAGAAGAGGAAGAGGAGGACGAGAUGCUUGAUGGUGCUAACACCUUAAGGCUUUAUCUUGGUGCUAAUCCUGGUGCUAAUCCGUAGUUAACAUGCAGUAUCUUAUCUAAUAUCUGUCCAGGGUGUGGCUGUGGGUGAAGUGGAAACCUUAGUCUUUUAGCCUUGAAUUUAUUAUUUUUUUCUCUGCCACUUCUUGUCCUCACUGUAUGUAUAGUAUCUGUGCUACUAAUUUUAUACACUGUACAGUUAUUUACAAGUAUUUGAAUGAUAGCAGUUUGUUUCCUGGAUGAAAGAAAAUGUGUGUAAAAUGUAUUUGUACAAAUCAAUCGACGGAAAAUAAAAUCGAGACGAGCAGGAAAGCAA